GCGUCCGCCAGCACGCUGGCGCCGGUGCUGCGCCUGCUGGAGGCCCUGCGUGCCGCGGGCCAGGCCGGCCACCUGCAGCUGGAGCAGCUGCAGCUGCGCGACCUGGCGCACAGCCACAAGUCCUGCGGCGGUGCGUCGCAGCGUGGGAAACUUCUCGCUGCGCUGUCCGCCUUCCUCGGGAGCCAGAGGCGCUUGGAGAUGCUGUCGCUGGAGAACGCCUGCCUGGGCGUCUCGGAGGUCGUGCGCCUCCUCGGGGCCGCGGCGCGCAGCUCUGCGCAGGCCAUCACCGCGCUCCGCCUGCGCGCCGCCUUCCGCGAGUGGCAGGCCCCGCACGCGUCGCCCAGGUUCUCCCGCGCCCUGCGGCGCGUCUGCCCGCUGUCCUCGCUGUGCCUGGACUACCCCGCGCUGUCCGACGCCACGCUCGGGCUGCUGGCCGAGUGCUGCGGCCCCGCCCUGCAACUCCUGUCCAUCACCGUCCGGGACACCGACAAUCGACAGCACGCCCUCUCAGAGGACGCCUGGGCCGGCGUUGCUCGCGCCUGCCCCGACCUCCGCACUGUCCUCAAUAUCGAGAACCUCGGCCACCACGAGGACAUCGUUGGACUGCUCCUUCCUAGUAUGCCGCUGUACGGUUUUCGCCUAUACUCUGGCCGUGUCUGGGACCAGAGCCGCUCCAGGUCGUUCCGCUCCACCCUGCGCCUCCUCACCGCCAACUACCACCGGUCGCUGGAGAUGGUCCAGCUCAACCUCAAGAACAGUCGCGAGCAGGUGGACGACGUGAUCCUGGACCUGUUGGCUCGUUGCGACCGCCUGUCCCACUUCCACUUUGACGGCGUGCUCAGGAGGAUGAGCACGGUCGGUGACAUGUGCCGCCUGCGUCUCGACUCCGCCAUCAAUUUCCACACUAUUCACGUUCGACCCAAAAUUAUCAACAGCGAAAUAUGCUCCAGCACCAAAGACAUUUUGGCGACUUUUCGCUGCCCUCUGGCAGAGAAGGAAGUGGACUUUAGAAUCGAAAUACCGAGCCGGUGACACACUCACGAUGCAAG